AUGCCAGAGUUAUUCAUUCCUGUUUAUUUUGGCUCAUUUGACUUUUAAAAUCAUUUUAUUACUGCUUGGGCUGAUGAUUUAGAUAAAAAAAGAAUUGCCACAGGUUCAAUUAAUGGAGAUAUCAUUAUAUGGGAAUUAGAUAACUUUAAUUUAAAACCACUCAUAAAGUCUACUCCUCAUUUAAUUUAUAGAGUUGGAGGUGUUACGGCAUUAUAAAUUAUGAGAAGGCCCUUUGGUGAAUUUUAAGAUAGUAAUAUGAAUUGUGUAAUAGCAAUUCAUUAAGAUAAAAGGAUUAGAAUACUAAGUAUGUUAGAUGGCAAAUAAAUUUUGAUUUCAGAUCAUGAUCAAUUUCCAUAUUCAAAAUAAAUCACUUAAAUAAAUCCAGUUGGUGAUAGAACAAGUAGAUAUAUAAGUUGUUUUGGUGAAGGUACAGCUCUUUAUAUAUAUGAUUUAUGGAAAAUGUGUUGCAGCAAAAUAUUUUAGAUUCAAGAUGAAUUUGAUUAACCAAGAUUUACAAUUUUUACAUCUAUAGGAGCUGAUUUUGCUGUUAUUGGUAUAUUUUAAUAAUAUUCAAGAUAGUAAAUGCAGAGUUUAUAAAAUUGAUACAUCAGCAUAUAAAAAAACAGAAAGAUAAAAUUAUUUAAAGUAUAUUGAAAAAAAAGCUUAAGAAAAGAAGAAAAAUGGAUAAAAAAAAUCUUUAAUAAGAAUGUCUUCUAGUUUUUCAUUAAAAGGAUUGCCAUAAAGCAAAAUUAUAAAUACAGUUUACAACACUAAAUCAUAGAUUAUGUAUAUAGUUUAUUCAAAAUCAAUUUAUGUAGUUAAUUCUCCUUUUAAAGAAACUGAAUAAUAAAGAGAAAUGUUUUAAAUCAAAUCAUCUACAAGUUUGAUUAAGUUUAGAAAUAUUCAUUUAUUUAAAAGCCAAAAUAAAACAAUUAUUAUAAUUGAACAAUUAAAUGGACAUACUAGUUUCAUUUAUGAGAAAGAUAUUUAAGAUAUAAUUAGUUUAAUAUCUAAAAGUUACCAUUAAUGUAUAACUCUAGAUUUUAAUGGCUUCAGUUUUUCAAAAUAAAGCUAGUCUUCUUAAGGAUAACUUUUAUUAUUAUUGAAUUAAUAAUUGACACCUAUUUAAGUUUCAAAAUAUUUUUUUCAAAAGAUAAUCUACUCAAUUAAUAAUUUAUUAUUCAGAUAAAAUGGAUGCAGUAUUGAAAUUUAUAUACCUGAUUCAAUAAAUUAUGAAGAUUUUCGUAUUUGCAGUUUUUAACAGGAUAAUUUAUUUGAUGUAAAAUUAUUUUCUGAAGGUUUUAUACUUUAUUUGUAUUCUUAGUCAAGAUUUAUUAACGAAUCCAAAUAAAAUGAAAUAACAGAUUUACCUAAAAAACUUGUUGAUCUCUAAAUUUUUGAGCAAAAUGAUAUUUUAAAAUCUUUAAAUGAGAAUUUACCGGAACACAUUCAAUAGUAAUUAAAUUCAAUCUAAAAUAUUUCUAUAUAUACAGUUGGUUUAUAUAACAAAACAGAUCUAUUUGCAAUUUUUGGAACAGAAUAAGGAUAAAUAUUUUUGAUUCCAUUCUUUUAUGAAAAGAAUAAGAGAUGGAAUAUUUAUAUAAAUAAAGAAUUUAAACAAAACAUAAUUUUUUUGAAAUUUAUCAAAAACUCUAUUUUUGCUGUUGAUAAAACAUUUAAAUUAAAAGUCUUUAGUUUAUCUUGCAUUUUUGGUAAAUUUGAUAAUUAAUCUGUUGAUUUUGUUUCAACUUAUACAACAAUUUUAGGGUCAAAUAUAAAGUAGGUGGUUUAAAUUCGAUAAUUAUUUUAAGAAUCAAGCAAUAGUACUUUUUCAAACAAUGAUGCUCUUAUUAUUAAAAGAAAGUUAGUUAAACAUUUUGUGGCCUUAUUACUAGAAGAUGAUUCAAUAGUGAUUUAUCAUACUAUUUUAAAUGUUAAAAGAUUUUCUUUUCAUAAUUAAUUUAAAAUUAAUAAAGGAUAAGUAAAGUUAUAUUAUGUACCACAUUUACUGAUAUUUUUAUUUUUAAAAGGAGUUGAAGUUUCUAUUUGGUCAAUGGAGAGAGGCUCAUUUGAAAGAAUGAUCAAUAUUCAAUAAUUAUAAGAAUAUUUAAAUAUUGAUACACUACUAACAUAGAGAUUGUCGUAAAUGAUAAAUUUACAUGACUUUAAAUCAUUUAAAACUGAUUAGGUUUCUUAAUUUGAUCUUUUAGAAUAUUCAAAUAGAAGUUAUUAAAGUUAAUAUAAUUAUUCAUAAGAAUUAAAAUAAUAAUCUCCAUAAUACUUUUAUGAUUUUUUGGGAACUUUAAACAAAGUAUAAUAAAAUACCUUUGAAUUUGAUGAAAUUUUGCACAUACUUUCUUACGAAGAUUCAGCAAUAAACUAUAGAAAUAAAUCUAUAACAAUAUUUGAACCUUAAGAGAUGGGAGACAUGUUCUUAUUAUAUAAGAUAUAUUUAAAGUAAUUCAAAUCAACAAUAUAAUUUGAUCGAGCAAAUAAAUUUUAUAAAGAACAAAAAGAACAAAAAAGAUAAGAUUCUAAUUCUUCUUAUUAUUUAAUAUGGUUUGAUUGUAAAAAAAAUAUAGAAUUAAUAAAACAUUCCAUGGAAAAUACAGCAUCUUUGAAGAUACCAUUUACAUAUGUUCAUUUUUAUCAUACUUUGAAUUUAAUUCCUAUAUUUAAAUGUUAAUUUGGUUUAUAAGGAAUGGCAGAAGGGUUUUCAAGACUAAUUGAAUCUAAUAAUUAUUAAAUAAGCGGAUUAAUGUCCACUUAAUAUAGCAUUGCAGCAGCAUUAUGUUUAAAAUAGAUAAAAAGCAGAUUUUAGAUCUCAGAAAUUAAUUAUUCAACAAGUUUAUUAAGUUUAUCUAGAUAUAGUCUUGACAACUCAAAAGAUAUUAUUGAAAUUUCUUGUUAACUAAUUUCUUAAUAAAUUAAAAAAAUGGAUAGUUUUUGUAAUGAUAUUGUUGUUUUAUAAAGAACAUCGAAAGAAUUUUUGUAGUUAUUUGAAAGGAGUAGUUCAAAUGUGUAUUUUUCUUUGGAAAUCAUGUGUUUAAUUAUUUAAACAUAUUUAAUGUAAUAAAUGAUGAGUAAUAUUGAAAUGAUUCAUUAUGUGUUUAAUAGAAUAAUGUCAGGUUUCACUCAUUAAUUAUGUUUGAAGAAACCUAACAUUGUGUUUGUAUUUAUUAAAUUAUUAGAAGAUGGAAUGAAAAACUUUCAUAAAUGUAUUCAAUAACCUAAAACUUGUUUACAAACAUUGAUUUAAAUUUAUUAUUACGUAUACACUACUUAUAAAAAUGGUUUUUCAUUAAAAGAGAUAAUAAAUUCCCCUUUAAAUAAGAAAUCAAAAGAAAAAGACAAAUACGAAACUUUGAGACAAUAUUAGUCUAUGAGUUAACUAGACUUGUAAAGAAUAAAACAAAGAUUAAGAAUAUUAAUUAUUGCUUUGUCAGGAUAUUUUUUUGAGGAAUUUAAAAUUACUAUAAAAGAGAUGAUAAAUUAAAUAGAAACUUAUCCAAUAAUAGCAUGCUCAAUCAUUGAUUUAUUGCAUUGUUUAUGUAAAACAGAUAUUAAGCCUAAUGAAAUUUUAUUUAUUUUAGAUUUAUCAAUAAGGUAUCAAAUUUAUUUAUAAAAUAUAGAUCUGUCGAUCAGAAUAAUUAGUAAUUAAGAAAGUAUACAUAUAAGACUUUUGUUAAAUUAGUAUAAUAUUUAGAUUAGAAGUUUGAAUAUAUUAGUUUUUCUUAAAAGAAGUUAAAAUUAGCUUUUGCAUUUGAAGGAUUGGUCUAAAUUUAUGAUUUAAGAUAUGGAGUAAAGUUAUAACCAUUAGAUAGAUAUCAAUGUAAUUUUAUUAAUUCAAUAAUUAGCAUAAAUUACUAGUAUAGCUUUUGAUAAUAAUGGCAAUUAAUUAGCUUCAUUUUCAUAAAAAGAUUAAAAUUUAAAGAUCUUUCAAUUAAAGCCAACUAGUUCUUUUUUAUAGGGACAUGAAAACGUUUACAUUAAAUUAACUCAUUAAUUCAACUUUCUAUAACCACUUCAUCAUACCUUAGAAUGGGAUAAAGACUGUGAAUACAUUUAUUUAUAACAUGAAGAUGAAUCACAAGUAUUUAAAAUUGAUUGA